CCAGACAUCAUCACCACACCAAACCCUCCGCCAUGACGAGCAUAGACGAACUCUUCCAGAAAUCUGGGCUUCCCAGCAAGCGCAAGCUAGACCCCAUUCGUGACCCAACGGAAGUCUACAAAUCCGCCAAAGUCACCCCCUCCACCUCCCGCCACGCCCACAUCGACGACGACCCUGACACCGAAGCCGGCCCCCUCCCACCCCCCGACAACGACUCCGCCGACGAAGGCGGCGACGACUACGGCCCCUCAGCACCCCCCGACAAUGACGAAGACGAAGAACCCGGCGACGACGCCGACGGGCGCUUCUUCGGCGGGGGCAUCACGCGCACAGAGCGCGAGAUCCUCGACUACAUGGACAGCGCGACCAACCCGACCGGCGCCACCACCACCGGCGCCACCACGGCCGACGGCGACGAAACGAUCGACCAAGCCUGGCUAAAAAAAACCGCGCUCGCCUUCGAGAGAAAGAUCUCGCGCAACGCGGAGCUGCGCGCGCGCCACGAGGCCGACCCGGCCCGCUUCAUCGACUCCGAGGCCGACCUCGACGCCGCCAUCAAGGCGCUGUCCAUCCUGUCCGAGCACCCGGAUCUGUACCCUUCCUUUGCGCGGCUCGGGUGUGUGGGGAGUCUGGUGUCGCUGCUGGCGCACGAGAAUACGGAUAUCGCGCUGGAUGCGGUCGAGAUUGUGGGGGAGCUGACGGACGAGGAUGUUGCCGCGACCGAGGAGCAGUGGGGGGUGUUGGUGGAUGCGUUGGUGGAGGCGGAUUUGCUGGGGUUGGUGGUGAGUAAUUUGGGGCGGUUGGAUGAGACGCAGGAGGCGGAUCGGGAGGGGGUGUAUCGCGCGCUGGGGGUGGUGGAGAAUCUGUGCUCGCGGUUGGAGACGGCGGAGGUGGUGGGGGAGGAGGAGGCGUUGGUGAAGUGGUUGUUGGAGAGGGCGGGGAGGAAAGAGGCGCCGGUCGGGCAGAACAAGCAGUAUGCGGCAGAGAUUUUGGCGAUUUUGGUGCAGAGUUCGGGGAAGAAUAGGAGGCGGCUGGCGGGACUGGACGCGGUCGACCAGAUGCUGCAGCUUGUGGCGGCGUACCGGAAACGGGAUCCGGAAAAGGGUGGGGACGAGGAGGAGUACAUGGAGAAUCUGUUCGAGGCACUAACAAGUAUUGCGGACGAGCCCGAGGGGAAGGCCAAGUUUGUUGCCGCUGAGGGUGUUGAGCUGUGCCUGAUCAUGCUUAAGGAGGGGAAGCUCAGCAAGCCGGCGGCGUUGAGGCUGCUCGACCAUGCAGCGGGGGGACCGGCUGGGGCUGGCGUCUGCCAAAAGAUUGUGGAUGCGGGCGGGCUCAAGACGACCUUCACCAUGUUCAUGAAGUCACGCGAGCACCAGGCAACGGAACACCUGGUGGGCAUCUUUGCGUCGAUGCUGCGGUUGCUGCCGGCCGACUCGGCGGAGCGCAUCCGCGCGCUCGCCAAGUUCGUGGAGAAGGACUACGAGAAGACGGCCAGGCUGGUCCAGCUAAGGCGGGAUUAUGCAGGGGUCAUCGGCCGUGUCGAUGAGCAGAUCAAGCAAGAGCGGGCAGAGAUGGAUGCAACAGAAAGAGAGGAAAUGGCGGAUGAGUGGUUCUCGCGCCGUCUUGACGCCGGCCUUUUCCGCCUACAAACCAUCGACGUGAUUCUGGCGUGGCUCGUUGCUGAGGACGGCGGGGCAAGGAAGAAGAUCCAAGCGCUGCUGGCUGACAGGGACGAGACCUUUGAAGUCAUCAAAGAGACCAUUCAGGAGCAGAUUGAUGGGAUCGAUGCAGAGUCGGAGGAAGGGAAAGAGACCAAAGAGAUGCUGACGACACUCGUCCGGUUUCUUCAAUGAUACGGAUGCCAGUACUGUUAUGAUAGGGGCGUGUAAACCAAGUAGAUACCAAGAUACCAUGGCCGUUGGCCGUUUUCACCAUGCUUGAAA